AUGGCAGCCUCGCAGCUCUUGUCCCAGCGCCGCGCCCUGGCGCGCCGGGGCCUGCAGGAGGGCGACCUGGUGGUGGUGGUGGCCUCGCGGAUCCCCGAGCCCUACAACCUGGAGCAGGAGCAAUCAGGCAGGCUGGUGAAGGUGGACGAGGAGGGGGACGCCUACGUGAGCUUCUUUGAGGAUGAGGAUCUUUGGGUCCACAAGUCCGUGCUGCACCUGCUGGCCAAAGCCCCCGAGUCGCUGCCUUUGGCGCGACAAGUGUCGCAGCUAGGCGCAGCGACGCUGUGGGCCUUGUGCGGACUCGAGGCGGUUCUGAGGCUGCCUGCCGCGGUGGAGAGCACCGCGACCUUGGCCAUCUUCCUCUUGCUUCCGCUGGCCGAUCUGGGCCAGGUCCGCUCGAAGCUCUUCCGCUUCCCGGAGCUCUGCGCCAGCGCGGGGCCGGCGCUGCUGAUGCUCUCCGCCCUCUGGGCCCAGGAGGUUCUGCUGGCCUUCUCCGUGCUGGCGUUCGCCUGGAGCGCCGCAGAGGAGCUCAGCUUUUCCGAGACCUUCGCCUGCCGUCAGCGUGACGGCUGGGCGUUGCUUUGCGCCAUGGUCCUGCGCAUGGUCCUCUGCAUGACCUCGGACCUGGCGCUCGCCUCGCCGCUGGCGCGGAUCACUCUGGGCGCCUGCGGCGCCGCAGCGGCGGUGUGGCUGUCCUUCACCUUGCCCCUGGAGGCGGCCCUGCGGCAGCACCGCGCGGCGAGCCCCGUGUUUCAGGCCGCGCCCUGGGCGCCGCCGCAGGUGGUGAUGAUGGGGCUGCUCACCGGCUCUGUGCUGAUCCUUUUCCAGCUAUUCCUCUACUCUGCAGAGGCGCCGGCGCAGCUGUGCUUGAGGGAUCCCGGCGUCAUCAUGUCGCUGCCCACCUGGCUGUCCCUGGGGCUCGGAGUUGCGGCAUGCUUUGCGAGCUGGGAUUCUCAAACUGAGCAGAUCGUCCUGGCAGUGCUGCCGCCCUGCGCUGUGGGGCUGCCGCUGCUGCGCCCGGGGGUCGCGGGCGCGGGCUUCCCGGCCUUCUGCGGGCUGCAGCUGCUGGCACUGGCCUUCCCCAAGAUGCUGGUGGUGCUGGGCCGCCACUUGGCCCGGGUCUCCGCGAAGCCUUGGGCCGGGCGCUGCGCCUGCACCCUCUUCGUGGCCGCCUGCGCUUGGGGUAGCACGCUGAUCCUGCAGGCGCUGCGGGCGUCGGGCUUCCAUGGGUGCGGAAGGCUGCGGUUCCCUCUAAAGGUGUAG